GGGGCCAGCGGCGGCGAUGCGCUUGUCUGCGAGGAACUGGGUGGGGGCGCUGCUCGUCCUCGGCGUCCUUCGCGCGGGGCUCUGUUGCACUGGGAAGGGCCCGCGCAAAUCUCGCAACGUGCUCCUGGUCGUAGCUGAUGAUGGCGGCUUUGAGAGUGGCGUGUACAACAACACAGCUAUCCGCACACCGCACCUUGAUGCGUUGGCCCAGCGCAGCCUUAUCUUCCGGAAUGCCUUCAGUGCCGUCAGCAGCUGCUCUCCUAGCCGGGCCAGCAUUCUGACCGGCCUGCCCCAGCACCAGAAUGGGAUGUAUGGGCUGCAUCAGGAAGUGCAUCACUUCAACUCCUUUGAUGGUGUACGCAGCCUGCCUCUGUUGCUCAGCCAGGCAGGAAUUCGGACAGGGAUCAUUGGGAAGAAACAUGUGGGACCAGAGGCUGUGUAUCCCUUUGACUUUGCCUACACAGAGGAGAAUGAGUCCGUCCUGCAGGUGGGGAGAAACAUCACCAGAAUCAAGCUGCUUGUUCGGAAAUUCCUCCACAGCCAGGAUGAGAAGCCUUUCUUCCUGUAUGUUGCUUUCCAUGAUCCUCACCGCUGUGGCCACUCUCAGCCUCAGUAUGGAGCCUUCUGUGAGAAGUUCGGCAAUGGCAAGAGUGGGAUGGGCUGGAUCCCAGACUGGAAGCCCCAGUAUUACAGCCCAAAUCAAGUGCAGGUCCCAUAUUUUGUACAGGACACACCAGCUGCCCGUGCAGAUUUGGCUGCUCAGUACACAACCAUCGGGCGCAUGGAUCAAGGCAUUGGCCUUAUCCUGGAGGAACUACACACCGCUGGCUUCCUCAACAGUACUCUGGUGAUCUACACCUCGGACAAUGGCAUUCCUUUCCCCAGCGGUAGAACUAACCUGUACUGGUCAGGCACCGCCGAGCCCCUGCUCAUCUCCUCCCCCGAGCACCCUGCGCGCUGGGGCCAGGUCAGCAACGCCUAUGCCAGCCUGUUGGACGUCACCCCCACCAUCCUGGACUGGUUCUCUGUGCCAUAUCCCAGUUACAGCCUCUUUGGCAAGCGGAUCGUGCAGCUCACUGGGAAGUCCCUGCUGCCAGCCCUGUCACUGGAGCCGCCCUGGGCAACGGCAUUUGCAAGCCAGAGCUUGCACGAGGUGACCAUGCACUAUCCAAUGCGGGCUGUGCAACAUGGCCCCCUGCGCUUCAUUCACAACCUGCAGAAUCGCACGCCCUUCCCCAUCGACCAGGACUUCUAUGUUUCGCCCACAUUCCAGGACCUGCUCAACAGGACCCAGGCAGGGCAGCCCACUCAUUGGAACAAGACACUGCACAGCUACUACUACCGAGAACGCUGGGAGCUGUACGAUCACAGCGUUGACCCUACCGAGAGCCGCAACUUGGCUGCUGACCCCCGCUAUGCGCAAGCCGUGGAGGAGCUCCGGGGGCAGCUGCUGAAGUGGCAGUGGGAGACUGACGACCCCUGGGUGUGUGUGCCCAAUGGUGUCCUGGAGGAUAGGCCCAGCCCCCAGUGCCGGCCCCUCCACAAUGAACUGUGAUUUUCUUGUUACUUCUCCUUUGUGGUACUUCUUCAUUCAGAAGAACAGCAACAGGAAACAAUCCGCUGCAGAACAAUGGACUUGGAUGUGACUUGCAAACUCUGAAGUUUGGAGAAUUGAAGAGGGGGAAGCAAGUGGGGAAGUUGAGCAAGGGACUGCAGUCAAAUGUGGGGCAAGAUUGGCAGCCACAGAAGUGGACGCCAACCUGCUUUUAACGACCUCAAAUCUACCUUUUCCAAACAGUUUGCUGCCAAAAGAUUCCUACAGGUGCCCGACAGAUGUCUCAGCACCUGAUCUAGAUAAUGCUGUCGCCGUGGCACAACCAGAGUGCAAAUGGGCUGGUCCCACCAAGACUGGUUUCUGUGUCAGAAAUUGUGCCUUUUUUGGAAAUAUGGGUAGGGCCAGGCUAAGUUUGGUUCAAAACUUGCAGUGAGUUCAUGAUUCUGUCUUCUCCCAGGAUUGCACCACCUUGGAGUACAUUUGGGGGAGAUGCUCAAGAGCGUCCUAUUCCAAAAUGUCCUGCAUGGUGGCAAGCAGGUAUGCACAGCACAGGUGAGGCUAUAAGCAACUUCCUGCAUCUAUUCUAGGGUGGUACCAGCCUAUUAGACAACUGCACGGUGUUAAAAACAGUAAGAUCAAACUGAGUUUUAAUGUGGCAUCUUCUGGAAGGUGCAAAACACAGCCGUAACCAACUCCAGCAGAUGAAGAGUCUUGUCCUGAUGCUCGUUUCUUUGUGUGGGUCAUGAGAGCUUCACUGUGCUGAUGACUCCUUGUGAGCAUUACUGUGCAUGUCCAUGGUAGAUAAUAAACGCAUAUUGUAGGAAAUGUCAGCAAUAAUUUAAUUUAGCACAAUGAUAAUUCAGUCAUCUAACAACAGUAUACAAUGAAAUCAGGUCCUUGUUUUAUGAGCCUUACUUUAUAAGUCAGAGGAAAUGGAAGGAAACCAGAUAAGGAACAACGGCAUAGUAGACAAUAUAUAGUAGCUACAGGCUCCAUCAUUCACACCUGUGGUUGUGCAUGUUUGAGAAGCAAGUGCUGGGAGACUGCCAGAGUGAUCCGGGAUAUGAGGAAAGAGAGACAGUGUGCUCACAUCUAUGCUAAGGAUUGCACUGGCCAUGUGAUGAUGGCCAGUGCAAAUUGUACAGCCCACCCCCAUUCAUGCAUGAUAUGUCUGUUGAGAUCUUGGUGCAAUUCUAUAUAUGUCUAUUCAGAAGUAAGCUCCAAAUUCAAUGGAAUAGACUCUCAGGUCCUAGGUACAUAGGGCAGUAACCUAAGUACAUGACUGGAGGCAUGUUCAGAUGGGAGAAAGUCCUGCAGCAUAGCCAGUGCCGUGGGCCUAUUGAGUUGUAGCCGAAACAGCUGGAGGGCCACAAGUUGUCCACCUUUGAUUGAUACUGUAUACUAUUGGAUACAAGCCAUGCAAGCCAGCAUGCUUACACCCCAUGAGCUUUUGCUGUGCUGAACAACCUAUUGAUGUUCAGUGGAACAGAAACAGGGCAACCAUAUUUCUGAACAUGAAUUUUAGAUGUUAACAGGAUAACU